AUGGGUAGAGGGAAGAAGAAAGAAGAUACGAGUAAGAGUGACCCUGAAAAGCCAGACUCCAGCCUUGACGAGUCUGCAGGGGCCACUGCCAGCACCCCACCUCCCACUGAUGUUGCCACAUUGCUACAGUGGAUAAUUCAGAGGGAUGACAAGAGGGAAGACGCCCGCCGGAAGGAGGACGACGCCCGCCGGAAGGAAGAGGAUGCACGCAGGAACGAGGAGUCUGCUCGUUUCCAGGAGCUGAUCCUUCGCCUCACCCCCCAGCAGCCCGCAGCUUCACCUGCGAGUUCGCCAGUGAGCAGUUCUGCCGCGCCCACUGAUUCUCCCACUCCACCGACCCCGAGGGCAACAAUACAGCCUCCGAAAGCACUAACAGCAGACGCGAGUCCCCAACAAUUUCGGGAAUGGAAGCGCGAAUGGUCCGAUUAUGCUGUUUUGGUGGAUCUUGUCAGCCUACCAUUAUCAAAGCAGCAUAUACAGCUACGCAUGUGCCUUACAGCUGAGAUGCGACGGGUGCUGGAGCACAAGUUGGACGUGCCCGCAGACACAACAUGCUCAGUGGAAGAUGUCUUAGCAAAGCUCGAAACGCACAUAAAAAAUGCAAGUAAUGAGGCACUGCGACGGAAGGCCUUCUCUGAGUGCAAGCAAGCAGACGGCGAGAGCUUCGAUGACUUUUGGAUACGCCUGAAAAUCUUGUCACAGGAGAUAGACCUUUGCAAGGCACAGGACCAAGCAUGCUGUGAGCAGUGGAAGAAACACGGCAUAUUAAUGGGUAUACGAGAUGAGGAACUUACCCAGAAGCUCAUUGAGAUGGACCGCUCAGCGACGUUGCAGGAUGUUUUGGAGAAAUGCAGGUCUCAUGAAUCGUCAAAGACUGCAUCAUCUGCUUUGAAGGACACAGUUUCUUCACGUGCUGUUUCUCAAUACAAAAGAGAGAAAAAGGCCGCCCUGAAGCAGAAGUCCAAGAUGAGGGCCACCACUUCCACAUGUCGUGCUUGUGGCAAGAAAGGCCAUUGGGCUACUGCUUCCAAGUGUCCUGCCAGGAAUGCCAGAUGCAGGGUGUGCAACAGGCAGGGACACUAUGACAAAUGCUGCCCAAAGACAAGGAAGGCUAAGAAGACAAAAGAAGAGGACACCAGCCAGGACUUAAAAGUAGUAAGUUCAGUAUCCCCUUCAGUGUCAUAUGCCAGGAGUGUCACUUCUACUGCACGACCGAAGCCUCAGCCUUCCCCUAAAGUCCGCGUGUCAAUUCGGCAUAAUGAUUUAUCAGGGAGUCUUGCCAUCAUCCCUGACACAGGUGCAGACACGACUGUCAUUGGACUCCAGCAUCUUAGUAGUCUCGGCCUCUCAAAGAAAGAUUUGGCACCACCGGCAGAGACCAUAUACUACAAUGCGGAUGGGUCACAGAUGCCACCAGCGGCUGGAUCUUUUCGUGGAAUCAUCACCUAUGGCAACCGUUCGACUACAUGUUGGAUUGAUGUUCAGCCUUCGCUUACAACCCCGCUGCUCUCGUGGACCGAGUGCAAAAAUUUGGGGAUUGUUCCGGACUAUUUUCCAAGGCAGAUGUCAGAUAUGCGCAUUGCCAAUCGAGUCCAUGGGCUGGGCAGUGCUCCAAUGUCGAACCCUCCUAAGUUGCUGCCCUUACCACUGAACCAGCUGACGUCACCUGAUGAAGCAAGGAAGUAUUUUCUGCAUCAGUAUGCAGAUGUUUUGGUGAAGAAGGACGACCUGCAUUAUGGGCCACUCAAGAUGAUGGUAGGCCCACCCAUGAGAAUUCAUCUACGGGAGAAUGCCACGCCCUUCGCAAUCCACACCCCAAGAAUGAUUCCUUUAGCUUUUCAGGAACCAACGAGAAAGGAGCUUGAGUCAUUAGUGACCCAAGGCAUCUUAAAGCCAGUGGAGGAUGAACCAUCAGAAUGGUGUCAUCCAAUGGUCGUUGUUCCAAAAGCAAAUGGUGGUGUACGUAUUACGACUGACCUAUCAAAGCUCAACAAACAAGUCUCUCGCCCUGCCCAUCCUUCUCCGACGCCAUUUACAGCCAUUAGAAGUAUCAGUCCGCAGUCAAAGUUCUUCACAACUGUGGAUGCUCUUUGUGGUUAUUGGCAGCUGCCCUUGCAUGAGGACGAUCAACACCUGACGACAUUUAUCACUCCUUAUGGACGUUUCAGGUAUUGUUGUGGCCCCAUGGGUUUUGCAGCAACAGGAGACGCCUUUUGUCUCCGAGGUGACAAAGCACUACAGGGAGUAACAAACUGCAUCAAGGUUGUGGACGACAUUCUCCUACAUGAUGAGGACUACCUCUCACACCUUCAACGUGUAAACGAAGUCCUGUCAAGGUGUCGCCACCACGGUAUAACCCUUAAUGCAGAGAAGUUCAUUGUGGCUGCAUCUGAGACCAGUUUCUGUGGGUACAAGCUAUCAAAUAAUGGUAUUGAAGCAGACCCAGAGAAGGUAAAAGCCAUUGCAGAGUUUCCUACCCCUGCAAACCUGACAGAUCUUCGAUCAUUUAUGGGCUUGGUAAAUCAACUGGCAGAGUUUACGCCUAAGAUUUCGACUGCUGCAGCCCCACUCCGCCCAUUGAUGAGUCCGAAGAGAGCUUUUACUUGGACCGCAGACCACACCAAGGCUUUUAUUGAUACUAAACAAGCUUUAUCAAGGCCCCCCAUACUUGCGACGUUUGAUCCCGCCCUUCCUACCAUUCUGCAGACCGAUGCCUCCAGACUCUACGGCCUUGGCUAUGUGUUGUUGCAGGACCACGGUGCUGGAAGAUACAAGAUGGUGCAAUGUGGUUCCCGAUUCUUGACAGAUACAGAAACACGAUAUGCGACCAUCGAAUUGGAAAUGCAAGCUGUCGUUUGGGCCAUCAGUAAGUGCAAGUUCUAUCUUCGUGGACUUCAGCACUUCAGUGUGAUGACAGAUCACCGUCCAUUGGUUCCAAUUUUGAACCAUUAUUCCCUGGAUGCAAUUGAAAACCCUCGUCUGCAACGCAUGAAAGACAAGGUUGCACCCUACAUUUAUACCGCAAUGUGGCGUGCAGGUAAGGAGUUGUGCAUCCCUGAUGCCCUUUCCCGGUCACCUGUGAGUCGCCCAACAAUGGAAGAUGGUGUUUUCGAUGCUGAAAUGAACACCUCUGUCAAGAUUGUAGCUCUGCAGGCUGUUCAGUCUACUAAAGCAUCAGAAGCCAUAGACGAGCAAGAGGAUCUCUUCUUGGAAGAAUUGCGUACAGCUGCCUCUAAGGAUGCUUCUUAUGAGGAGCUGCUUCACCAUGUAAAGUCAGGGUUCCCCAAAGACCGCUACAACCUACCAAGUGCCUUGCGUCCGUACUGGAAGAUUCGCAACGAAUUGUACAACGAUGGUGACUUGGUGCUGUAUGGACCCCGAGUGGUUGUCCCUGCUUCUUUACGUCGUAGCACCCUAGCUCGCCUGCAUGACAGUCACUGUGGCGUGGAAGCAACAAAGCGUCGUGCACAGCAGACAGUCUUUUGGCCAGGCAUUAAUGCAGACAUUGUAAACACUGUCCGUGCCUGUGAGCCAUGCCAGCGCCUACAGCCUAGUCAGCAACAGGAGCCAUUGAUGUUGGAUGACAAACCCACAAGACCAUUUAUGUCUGUGUCGACAGACUUUUUCAGUGUUGCUGGAAAACACUUCUUGGUGUAUGCUGACAGACUAUCCGGAUGGCCAGUCGUCAUCCCAUGUGGAACUAGUGCAACAAGUGCUUCGACAAUCAGAUUCUUCCGGCAUUUGUUCUGCGAUCUUGGUGUGCCAGUUCGCCUGCGCACUGACGGCGGACCCCAGUUCUCCAGCCGGGAAUUUGCAACUUUCCUUCAGCGAUGGGGAGUACGUCAUGCUAUGUCAAGCCCCCAUUACCCACAGUCCAAUGGGCAUGCAGAAGCUGCUGUGAAGAAGGUCAAGCAUCUGAUCAUGAAGACAGCACCCAACGGAAAUAUUGACAGUGAGCAGUUCGACAGAGGAUUACUGGAGUUACGUAACACCCCAAACUUCACUGGUCGAUCUCCUGCUCAGAUUCUUGCCUUCAUGAAGGAGUGGCAGACCAAGGCUGAGGACUGCGACCGUCGUGCCGCAGUACGGGCCAAGGACGUGAAGACCCGCUAUGACAAGCGUGCCCACUCACUUCCCAAGUUAGAGAUUGGGGCGCAAGUGCGAGUCCAGGUUCCCACAUCCAAGCGUUGGGAUAAGGUCGGCACUGUCAUGGGUAUUGGCAAAUCUCGUGAUUAUCACAUCAGGCUCCCAAGUGGCCGUAUACUGUGGCGAAAUCGACGCUUCUUGCGCCCUACACAACUCGUGAUUGGAAACUCAGCAGAUCUGGAAGAACAGCAGUCAGACGACGCACCAGGAUCUUCCGCCCCAUUUGUGCCUGUUGAACCUCGACGUUCGGAACGUAUCAAGUUGAAGUCCGUUCAAGACUCCCGUUAG